AUGGCGGCGCCGUCCGGCGAGCCCUGCGCGGGGCUGGGGGUCUGGAACCAGUCGGAACCCCAGCCUGUGGCCGCCCACCUCCUAAGCCUGUGCUUCCUGAGGACAGCAGGGGUGUGGGGGCCCCCCAUGUACCUGUGGGUCCUCGGCCCCAUCCACCUCUUCUACCUCCACCGCCAUGGCAGGGGCUACAUUCGGAUGUCCCCGCUCUUCAAAACCAAAAUGGUGCUGGGCUUCACCCUCAUGGUCCUGUGCACCUUCAGUGUGGCAGCUGCUCUUUGGAAAAUCCAGCAUGGGGUGCCCGAGGCCCCAGAAUCGCUCAUGCACCCAACGGUGUGGCUCACCACCAUGAGUUUCGCUGUGUUCCUGAUUCACGCUGAGAGAAAGAAGGGGAUGCAGGUGUCUGGGGUGCUCGCUGGGUACUGGCUGCUCUGUGUCGUCCUGCCGGCUGUCGGCACCGCCCAGCAGGCCUCUGGAGGGGGCUUCCGGAAGGAUCCCAUCCGCCACCUGUCCACCUACCUAUGUUUAUCUCUGGUCGUGGCACAGUUGGUGUUGUCCUGCCUGGCGGAUCAACCUCCUCUCUUCCCCAAAGAGCCCCAGCCGCCUAAUCCAUGUCCAGAGGCUGGGGCCUCCUUCCCCUCCAAGGUCACAUUCUGGUGGGUUUCUGGGCUGGUCUGGAAGGGCUACAGGAAGCUGCUGGAACCCAAAGACCUGUGGUCGCUCGGAAAAGAGAACUCUUCUGAAGAGCUGGUGUCCCGGCUGGAGCGGGAAUGGACAAGCAACCGCCGGACGGCCCAGCGGCCCACGGAAGCUCUCAGAGGGAAAGGGGCCAGCAGCGAGGAGGCCCCAGAGACCGAGGCCUUCCUACAGCACACAGGGGUCCCACGGGGCCCGCUGCUCAGGGCCAUGUGGCAGGUGUUCCGUUCCACCUUCCUGCUGGGUACCAUCAGCCUCGUUGUUGGCGACAUCUUCAGGUUUGCUCUCCCCAAGCUCCUCAGCCUGUUUCUGGAGUUUGUCAGUGACCCCCAGCUCCCGGCCUGGAGGGGUUACGUCCUCGCCGUGCUGAUGUUCCUGGCCGCCUGCCUGCAGACCAUGUUUGAGCAGCAGUCCAUGUUCCAGUUCAAGGUGCUGCAGAUGAGGCUGCGGACGGCUCUCACGGGCCUGGUGUACAGAAAGGUCCUGGUGCUGUCCAGCGGCUCCAGAAAGGCCAGUGCGGUGGGAGACGUGGUCAACCUGGUGUCCGUGGACGUGCAGCGGCUGACCGACAGCGUCCUCUACCUCAACGGGCUGUGGCUGCCCCUCAUCUGGAUUGUUAUCUGCUUUGUCUACCUCUGGCAGCUCCUGGGACCCUCCGCCCUCACUGCCAUUGCUGUCUUCCUGGGCCUCCUCCCUCUGAAUUUCUUCAUCACCAAGAAGAGGAAGUACCAUCAGGAGGAGCAGAUGAGACGGAAGGACUCGCGGGUGCGGCUCACGAGCUCCGUGCUCAGGCACGUGAGGACCAUCAAGUUCUCCGGCUGGGAGGAGGCCUUCACGGAGCGGGUCCUGCGCACGCGUGGCCUGGAGCUGGGCGCCCUCAGGACCUCCGGCCUCCUGUUCUCCGUGUCCUUAGUGUCGUUCCACGUGUCCACAUUCCUGGUGGCCCUGGUCGUGUUUGCUGUCCAUACCCUGGUGGCCAAAGACAGUGCCAUGGAUGCAGAGAAAGCCUUCGUGACCCUCACAGUUCUUAACAUCCUGAACAAGGCCCAGGCCUUCCUGCCCUUCUCUGCCCACUCGGUGGUACAGGCCCGUGUGUCCUUUGACCGGCUGGCUGCCUUCCUGAACCUGGAAGAAGUGGAUCCUGGUGCCGUGGCCCUGAGCCCCUCUUGGAGCUCCCCUGGGAAGGACUGCAUCUGUGUUCGUGGUGGCACCUUCGCCUGGGCCCAGACGGGGCCUCCCUGCCUGCGCAGGGUGGACCUCACCGUGCCGCAGGGCUGUCUGCUAGCUGUCGUGGGUCCAGUUGGGGCGGGGAAGUCCUCCUUGCUGUCUGCUCUACUUGGGGAGCUGUGGAAGAUGGAGGGCUCUGUGAGUGUCAAGGGUUCUGUGGCAUACGUACCGCAGGAGGCCUGGGUCCAGAACGGCUCCGUGGUGGAGAACGUGUGCUUCCGGCAGGAGCUGGACCUGCCAUGGCUAGAGGAAGUGCUGGAUGCCUGUGCACUGUGGCCAGAUGUGAGCCGUUUCCCUGCGGGGUUGCACAGCCCAGUCGGGGAGCAGGGUAUGCACCUCUCCGGGGGCCAGAAGCAGCGGCUGAGCCUGGCACGGGCUGUGUACAGAAAAGCCACAGUGUACCUGCUGGAUGACCCGCUGGCAGCGCUGGACCCGCACGUGGCCCAGCUCGUCUUCAGCCGGGUCAUCGGGCCUGCUGGGCUGCUGCGGGGCACGACACGGAUCCUCGUGACCCACGUGCUGCACAUGUUGCCUCAGGCUGACUGCAUCGUGGUCUUGGAAAAUGGAGCCAUCACAGAGAUGGGUUCCUACCAGGAGCUUCUGCGCAAGAACGGGGUGCUGGCGGGCCUCCUGGAGGGAGCCAGACGGCAGGCGGAGAGGGGAGGAGGAGAGACGGAAUGUGUGACUGUUGCCAGGGCCCCCGGGAGCUCCCUUGUGGGCAGCGGAUCUGAGCUGAGCCCCGAGAGGUCCCUCAAGCCAGCCCCGGUCCAGGAUGGGGCUCUGCUCGAUGACCACGAGGGGGCAGGAGAGGACAGCAUGCAGUACGGCAGGGUGAAGGCAGCCAUGUACUUGACCUACCUGCGGGCUGUGGGCGUCCCGUUCUGCUUCUGCGUAUUCUUCCUCUUCCUGUGCCAGCAAGUGGCUGCCUUCUGCCGAGGCUACUGGCUGAGCCUGUGGGCUGAUGACCCUGCCGUGGACGGGCAGCAGGCACAGGCGGCCUUGCGCGGCUGGAUCUUCGGGCUCCUUGGCUGCCUCCAAGCGCUUGGGCUGUUUGCCUCCGUGGCCACAGUGUUACUGGGCGGAAUCCGGGCGUCUGGCAUGCUCUUCCGGAGGCUCCUGUGGGAUGUGGCACGGUCACCCAUUGGCUUUUUUGAACGGACGCCCGUGGGGAACCUGUUGAGCCGCUUCUCUAAGGAGACAGACACGGUGGACGUGGAAAUUCCAGACAAGCUCAGGUCCCUGCUGAUCUACGCCUUCGGACUCCUGGAGGUCAUCCUGGUGGUGACAGUGGCCACCCCGCUGGCGCUGGUGGCUAUUGUGCCAUUGGUGCUCCUCUACGCCGGGUUUCAGAGCCUGUAUGUGGCCAGCACGUGCCAGCUGAAACGCCUCGAGUCAGCCCGCUACUCGUCCGUGUGCUCCCACAUAGCCGAGACCUUCCAGGGCAGCGUGGUGGUCCGGGCAUUCCGAGCCCAGGGCUCCUUCAUGGACCAGAGCGAUGCACACGUGGAUGAGAGCCAGAGGGUCGGCUUCCCACGGCUGGUGGCAGAAAGGUGGCUUGCUACCAACCUGGAGCUCCUGGGGAACAGCCUGGUGUUGGCAGCUGCCCUGUGCGCAGUGCUGAGCAAAGACCACCUCACUGCCGGCCUCGUGGGCUUUUCUGUCUCUGCUGCGCUCCAGGUGACACAGACACUGCAGUGGGCCGUGCGGAGUUGGACCGACCUGGAGAGCAGCAUUGUGUCGGUGGAACGGCUGACACACUACGCCCAGACGCCCAAAGAGGCACCCUGGAGACUGCCCGCCUGUGCUGCCCAACCCCCCUGGCCCCGUGGGGGUCAGAUCGAGUUCCGGAACUUUGGGCUGAGGCACAGGCCUGAGCUCCCACUGGCUGUGCGUGGGGUUUCUGUCAAGAUCCACGCGGGAGAGAAGGUGGGCAUCGUGGGCAGGACGGGAGCCGGCAAGUCCUCCCUGGUGGGGGCCCUGCUGAGGCUGCAGGAGGCGGCUGAGGGAGGGAUCUGGAUCGACGGGGUCCCCAUCGCCGACGUGGGACUGCACGCGCUGCGGUCACGGAUCACUAUUAUCCCCCAGGACCCCAUCCUCUUCCCUGGCUCCCUACGCCUGAACCUCGACCUGCUGCAGGAGCACUCGGACGAAGCCAUCUGGGCCGCCCUGGACACGGUGCAGCUCAGAGCCCUGGUGGCCAGCUUGCCCGGCCAGCUGCACUACGAGUGCGCCGACCAAGGGGACGAUCUGAGUCUGGGCCAGAAGCAGCUGCUGUGCCUGGCCCGGGCUCUGCUCCGGAAAACCCAGAUCCUUAUCUUGGAUGAGGCCACGGCCGCCGUGGACCCAGGCACUGAGCUCCAGAUGCAGGCGGCCCUGAAGGGCUGGUUCGCGCAGUGCACCGUGCUGCUCGUUGCUCACCGCCUGCGUUCUGUGAUGGACUGUGCCAGGGUACUGGUGCUGGACCAGGGGCAGGUGGCCGAGAGUGGCAGCCCAGCCCAGCUGCUGGCCCAGGAGGGCCUGUUCUACAGGCUGGCCCAGGAGUCAGGCCUGGUGUGA